UUACACUUUCUCCAGUUUUUCCAUAGUUUUUUUUUCCUCAUAGAACGAAUUUCACGAUUGUAGCAAAGCAAAGCGGUUCUCAAUUAAUUAAAUUAACCAGUACGCUUUCAACUGUGGCUGUGUGUUUGUGUGCAUCAAUUGAUUCACAAAAAUUGUGGCAACAGUAAGAAAAAAUUUGGAAAAUGAGAUUCAAACAUUUUAUGGGGCUGCAUUUAGGCUCAUUACUAGUUAUAUUACUUCUGGCAAGUUCGCCCCUAGUACGAGCUGACGUGGAGCAGGACUUCGCAGAUGAAAUUGACGAUGAUGGCAAAGUAGAGGAUGUGCAGGAUGACAAUGAGCUGGAAGAAAUUGUCUACGAAAGCCCCGUUUAUGAUCAGAAUAAAUUCUACUUUGCCGAUCACUUUGACGACAUCGCCGAAUCUCGCAAGCGUUGGAUCAAAUCGGAAGCAAAGAAAGAUGACAUCGCCGAAGAAAUUGCCAAAUAUGACGGCAUAUGGGAGUGGGAGGCACCACAACGAAUCGUAUCCAAGAAAGACAUUGGUCUCGUACUCAAAUCGAAGGCGAAACAUGCAGCCAUUGCUUCAAAGCUUAACAAACCAUUCACCUUUAAGAGCGACGCACCACUCGUAGUGCAGUACGAAGUAACUAUGCAGGACGGCCAAGAAUGUGGCGGCUCAUAUAUCAAGCUACUUUCACAUGGCGUACAUACAGAAGACCUCAAGAAGUUCAACGAUAAGACGCCAUACACCAUUAUGUUUGGACCAGACAAAUGCGGCAGCGAUAUUAAACUACACUUCAUAUUCCGUCAUGUUAAUCCAAUUAAUGGUAGUAUUGAGGAAAAGCACUGCAAAAAACCAAAAGAUCGCUUAGAGGAGCCAUUCAAGGACAAAUUGCCACAUCUCUAUCAAUUGGUGAUACGUCCAGAUAAUACAUUCGAAAUAAGCGUCGAUCAUAAAGUAGUGAAUCAGGGUUCUUUGCUCUCGGAGUUCGCGCCACCAGUUAAUCCGCCACGUGAAAUUGACGAUCCCGAGGACAAGAAACCAAAAGACUGGGAUGAGCGUGAAAAGAUACCAGACCCAACCGCUAAGAAACCAGCAGAUUGGGAUGACGAUGCACCACCACAAAUACCAGAUCCUACAGCUGUUAUGCCUGAUGGUUGGCUUGAAGAAGAACCUGCCAUGAUACCUGAUCCCACAGCCGUCAAACCCGAAGACUGGGAUGCCGAAAUGGACGGCGAAUGGGAAGCACCAAUGAUUGAUAAUCCUUCUUGUGAAAAGGCCGUCGGCUGUGGUGAAUGGAAAGCACCGCUCAUACCCAACAAGGAGUACAAAGGCAAAUGGCGUGCACCACUCAUCGACAAUCCAAAUUAUCAAGGCAAAUGGGCUGCACGUAAAAUACCCAAUCCCGAUUACUUCGAAGAUCUCACACCAUUUAAGAUGACACCUAUCUCAGCUGUGGGCCUUGAACUUUGGUCGAUGUCUGACAGUAUUUUGUUUGACAACUUGAUUGUCGCUGACGAUAUUGAGUUGGCCAGAGAUUUCGCCGCCAAAACGUUUGAUAUUAAGCGUAAAUAUAUCGAUAAGGAGUCGGAGACAUUUUUCAAUAAAAUCGUAUCAUUCUUCAAAGAAAGCUCUUGGGCUUGGCGUGUAGCAAUUGUAUUAGCUGGUGCCACACCACUCUCACUCACAUUGUAUCGCUUGUUUAAGAGAUCCGGUUCCAAGGAGUCCGGUUCCGAUGCUGAUGCCAAGAAAACCGAUGCCGUGCAACCUGACGACGCUGCAGCCACUUCAGGCGGCGACGCCGACAGCAGUGCCACUAGCAGCAGCAGCAACAAUGUAUCUAGUCCUAAAACAAAAAAGUCUGAUUUAGAUGUUAAAGAUGAGAACGAAGAGAAGGAAGCUGAGGCUGCAACAGCCACAGCUGCUGCCACAAACAGCGGCAAAGAAUCACAAGAUGAUGACGCUGAGGAGACCGUCACUGGGGAAACCACGACGAAGACCGCACGCAAGCGCCGCGUGCCCAAAGAUCAGUCUUAAGCCAAGCAGUCGUUAGCUUGGGAAACGCAAUACAAAAGAAUUCCAAAAAGCAAACAUUUAAAUAAAUUUAUAGUAGAAUGUGCAGCAGAAGAGUUGUUGGCGAUGAGAUGCGUAAUGGUUGCAGCUCUUUGUGUUCGUAACAUGAUGCGGCAUGCAUUUGAAUUUUUUUUAGUUUAGUUUAUGAUUUCUCAAUUUCCAAUUUCAGCUACUAUGCAUAGUGUAAGAAUGUUUUUUUUUUAUUUAUAUGCGUAUACUUGUAGUUCAAUUGAUAUGAAAUGCAAUGUUUUUUGUUUUGUUAGUUUUUUUUGUUGCACGUGAAAUGUUAAUGCGCGCCACAAGUAUGUCUGUUCUGGCAAACUCAUUGUACAUGGUAAAAUGUACGCACGUGCAAAAUACGUACACCAAAUAGAUGUAUAUUCUUGGGGAAACGGCCAGUAGUUUAUACAAGUAUGUGAAAACUUAUAAGUUAAAUCCAAAAAAAGCAUGUUCGGUCUGCUUCGAUUUCGAAAUAAUUUUCAAAUUAUAUAAAGAAGUAUUAAUUAAAGAAAAAUAUUUUAGUAUUGUUUGUAUGCAGUUAAUUUCCAAGUGCAGCAUUAUUCAUCACAAGAGCAAAAAAUAUAUUACUUUCUAGUAAAAUUAUUCUAAAUUAAUAGAAAAAAUCUCCACAACAAAUAUGAAACGAAUAGUGUAGCCUAAUGUUAGCAGAACUAUGGGAAAACAAACAAACGAAAUAUUAUUUUAAUUUAAAAUGUAUGUACUUUGUAUUAAAUGCGUAUUAAUUGUAAUAUUAAUUAACGCCAAUAAAUAUAAAAAAUAAAAGUUCACUAAACAA